ACAAUAAAACCGGUAGGAGGAAACAUUAAACACUAAACCAGGACCCUCCCUUCUUCACAACAAUCAAACACUAUAAAAAUUCCCUUCCAAGCAGUCCCAAUAUUUCAGGUUCAAAAAACCAGUCUCUCAGAAUUUAUACGUCAAAUCCUCUGUUGUUUUUGCAUACCAAGUUUCUGCUUUUUGUUGGUACCAAAUCUUGUACCAUGGCGCUGAUUUCUGGCCUGCCGGAUGAUAUAGCAUAUGACUGUCUAAGUCGUGUUGAAUACGACCAGUUUCCGACAGUGGUAUCGGUGUGUAAAGGGUGGAAGGCGGAGGUUGAGCUGCCGGUGUUUCUUCAGCAUAGGAAGGUUGCUGGCCGCAGCCAAAGACUCAUUGUGAUGGUUCAAGCCCAUGUGUCCUCAAACCAUGGUGUCUUCAAGAGUCCGGGUAGCCCGGUUUACCGGCUCACUAUUUGUGAACCGGAUUUGGGUAAUUGGUCCGAGUUGCCUCUCCUUGCCGGUUUUGCCAAUGGGCUACCCAUGUUUUGCCAAUUGGCAGCAGUUGGGUCCGAUUUGGUGGUGAUGGGUGGCUGCGACCCGCUUACGUGGACGAUCUCGAAAGCUGUGUUUAUCUACAACUUUGUGUCCGGAGCAUGGCGGCGUGGGACUGACAUGCCGGGUGAUGGCAGGAUAUUCUUUGGGUGCGCAGCGGAUUCGGAGCGGAUGGUGUAUGUUGCCGGCGGACAUGACAACGAGAAGAAUGCGUUGAGAUCAUCAAUGGCGUAUGACGUGGCAAAAGACGAGUGGAUUCCGUUGCCUGAUAUGGCAAGAGAGCGUGACGAAUGUAAGGCGAUUUUCCAGGGUGGCAAGCUCCACGUCAUCGGCGGAUAUUGCACUGAAAUGCAAGGACGUUUCGAGAGGAGCACCGAGACAUUCAACAUUUCCACGUGGCUGUGGAAUCAAGUACAAGAGGGCUUCUUACAAGUCGCCACUUGUCCACGGACAUGUGUGGACGGUGACGAUGAGACAAUGUACAUGUGUCGUGGCGACGAUGUGGUACAGCAAAAACACGACACGUGGAAAUUCGUGGCCAAGUUGCCUGCUCAGGUGCGCAAUCCCGAUUGCGUGACAGCGUGGCAGGGUAAAGUAUUAGUGAUAGGGAGUGCUGGGUUCGGUGAGCCCCACAUGGCUUACGUACUGCAUUUGGAAGAUUACACGUGGACAAAACUAGAGACACCUCACAAGUACUCGGGCCAUGUUCAAUCAAGUUGUUAUUUGGAGGUAUGAGUCUAAGCUAGAAGUCUAGUUACUUGUCCUCUGAAUUUGUAAAAAUGAGUGUCUGUCAAGUUCCUUUUGUAUUUGUAUGACUUAUAGAGGAAUGUGCUUUGCUUGAUAA